CACAAGCGCGCGCCCGCCCGCCGCCAAUUUCCUCGCCCAGUGCCGAAACCCGGAGCAGCGCUCGUGCAGAUUGCACGCCGCUCGCAGCCCCCACAAUACGGCCGCCCCAUGUGACGCUGCCGCCUGAGAUGCUGCUGCGAACGCUGGCCCACCACGCGCACCGGCCACUGCCUACCGCCACUGCCCCCGAUCCCCAAUUCUCGUAAACAUGUGUGACAGCCAUGCUAUGCCUUUCGUCAACCAAGUGACGUGAAGUCCCGCCGCCUCCGCGGUUUCGCUGAGAGGGCUGACAACGUGGAACGCAGGGAAGGAUGCUGAGGGGCACGGCGGCUGCCAGCUUGCUAUGUCUCCUCACCUUCGCAUGGACGGCGGCAGAGGUGUCCUCGGCAGGGAGCAGCGACCAGUACCAGGGGUCGACGGCCUCCGACCGGCUGGAGAACGUCACGCAGACAAUAUCUCGGCUCCUCGAGGGCUACGACAUCCGCCUUCGGCCCAACUUCGGAGGUGACCCUCUGUAUGUUGGUAUGGAUCUCACAAUAGCAAGCUUUGAUUCAAUUUCUGAGGUGAACAUGGACUAUACCAUUACCAUGUACCUCAAUCAAUACUGGAAAGAUGAACGACUUGCCUUCAGUAAUGAAGAAGAGAUAUUAACAUUAUCAGGUGAUUUUGCUGAGAAGAUAUGGGUACCUGACACAUUUUUUGCAAAUGACAAGAACAGCUUCCUUCAUGAUGUGACAGAAAGAAAUAAACUGGUACGGCUUAAUGGAGAUGGGAGUAUUACAUAUGGCAUGAGAUUUACGACGACAUUGGCCUGUAUGAUGGAUCUACAUUAUUAUCCUCUUGAUUCACAAAACUGCACAGUAGAAAUUGAGAGCUAUGGGUACACUGUAUCUGAUGUUGUAAUGUACUGGAAGGAGACACCAGUACGAGGAGUGGAGGAGGCAGAACUACCUCAGUUCACAAUUGUUGGAUAUGGAACCAAUGACCGCAAAGAAAGACUGGCAACUGGGAACUAUCAGCGACUUUCCUUAUCCUUCAAACUUCAGAGAAACAUUGGUUAUUUCAUAUUUCAGACAUAUCUUCCUUCAAUAUUAAUUGUUAUGCUGUCAUGGGUAUCUUUCUGGAUCAAUCACGAAGCAACCAGUGCUCGUGUAGCAUUAGGUAUCACAACUGUACUGACAAUGACAACAAUAAGUACAGGUGUCCGCAGUUCUCUUCCUCGAAUAUCUUAUGUCAAAGCAAUUGACAUAUAUUUAGUUAUGUGCUUUGUAUUUGUCUUUGCUGCCCUGCUUGAAUAUGCAGCUGUUAAUUAUACAUACUGGGGAGCACGGGCCAAAAAGAAGUCUAAGAAAACCAAGGAGGCUGAGGAGAAGAAGACAACGCAAGGCACGACAAUACCAAGCAUGAAGCCCAUUACUUCAACAACUGAUGGUUUUGCUUCUGCAACAGGUGCAUCACCCGAUCAGGAAAUAAUUGAACUUCAAGAUGUGCGGAUGUCUCCAAUACCAUCCAUACGCAACCGACACAACAGUCGCUUUUCUACAUCAUCCACAGAGCCUGUGGAUCCUUCUCGAUUUCCUCCUAGUUUCCGUAUGAAUCGUUCUCCAGGGUAUUCAUUUCCAGUUCGAUCUACUGGUGGACUGAGGUUUCGAGGAUCGAGGAGCCAUAUACAACAUACAAAUCAUCGGCCAAAAGUGUUCAAUGCUCUAAAACGAGGAGCAUCAGCUAUUAAGGCCUCCAUGCCAAAAAUUAAGGAUGUUAAUAUCAUAGAUAAAUAUUCACGGAUCAUUUUUCCAGUUUCUUUCAUGCUGUUUAAUGCUGUGUACUGGAUCUUUUAUUUUCUUCCAAGUGAAAAUGAUAAAACCAAAGUGACUUAAAAACAGUAGCAAGCAAACUUGUGUGUGUGUGUGUGUGUGUGUGUGUGUGUGUGUGUGUGUGUGUGUGUAUUUUCUGUGGAAGUGGACAAGCCAGCAGCAAAUGUGAGGAACUAAAGACUUUUUUAAUUACCAAAUAAGGUGUAAAUAAGUGGCAUUUCUCUGUCAUUUAAAGGUCAUGGUUUUGAAGACUUGGCAUUCUCAAACAAGGCAUCAAUACCCAAUGUUGUUAAAACUGUAAUGAGACCGUCAAUGUGAAAAAUAGCCCAAGUACUGCAUUUGCUAAAAUGUGAUGAUAAUUUGCGAUACAGAUUUACAUAUUCCUUGCAGAACAAAUUUAAAAUCAAUGCAAUUUCAUUAUGCUCUGAGUCUGCAAACUAUUUCACAAAGGAGGGCAUUACCAUACAAAUUUGACAUGUUCCACCUGUAGAGCUGCUUUCACCUGGACGGAAAUAAUUACUUUUCUUAUCAUGCAGCCUUACUGCAACAGGAAUAGGAUGGUGCAAUAGAAUGCUGUUUUCUAUCAUAACGAAGUGACAAAUGAAACUGAUGCAUCAAGAUCAGUAUUAGUUUACCUUAAGUGAUUUUUAAAGUACUUUCAGAAAUUUAAUAACAAAGAGUCUGUAGACAGGCAUUUCCCAAAAAACUACACACUAAUUACCUGAGAAAUUGUAUCAUUGAGUAUUAAUACUGCCACCAUCAUGAUUGUCCCUUCACCCACCCCUUUCCCUUUCCACCUCAUGUUGCAAUGUAGCAUAUAAAUUGAUCCUGUCUCCUUUUGUUCCAGUGUUAUUGUAAUGUACCACCACCACCACCACCAACAACAACAACAACAACAACAACAACAAUCCCAUCUCCAGCCAUCCUGAUUUAGGUUUUCCAUGAUUUCCCUAAAUCGUUUCAGGCGAAUGCCGGGAUGGUUCCUUUGAAAGGGCACGGCCGAUUUCCUUCCCCAUCCUUCCCUAACCCGAGCUUGCGCUCCGUCUCUAAUGACCUCGUUGUCGACGGGACGUUAAAGAACACUAACCUAACCUAACAACAACAACAACAACAACAAUUAGGCAUACAAGAUGCAUUUAUCUUCUGUUGGUCCUCACAUGACUGUUAAACAAAUACUGCUUUCUUGCCUUUACAUCUCCUUCUAUUAAAGCCUCUCACCCAGUCAGUUAGUUCUUUAUGUUUUGAUUGCACAUCUUUUCUUCUUAGUCUCUUCACAUAAGCAAUUACUGCUUUCUUGCCUUUACAUCUUCUGCUAUUUAAGCCUUUCACCCAGUUAGUUAGUUCUUUAUGUUUUGUUCACACAUCUUUUCUUCUUAGCAGAUUAACCAUGUCUUGCAUUCUCUAGUCUCACCCUUCAUGUCUCACAAUUAGAAUGUUAAAAUCAUUCACAUUCUUUCCAAGCUAUGCAUUCCAGUUUCAGAAACAAAUAUAUUGUUGGAAAAUUGUACUGUUAUUUAAUGGAAACCUUGUAUUCCAAUAAAACACUUCUGGUCUAACAUAUUUUCAUUUUUCCUGAAACUUCCUCAAUGGGAGUUGACACUGCUGAGUUAUGCUAAAUUUUUUUUCGGUGUGUCUUCCCUGCUUUCUCUGUUUCAUUUGAUUCCAGGAUUCAGUAACUUUUCUGACAUUGCAUUUUUAAUUUUAAGAACCCCCCUUACAUGGCAGUCAAUGUGAAGCUACGCUGUAGUGUGCAUAAUGCAAAUAGUCCUACACAGAAAACAUUUUUCAAAAAUAUUUCUGCCAUAUCCAUCAUUAAACAUUUUUCCAGUCUUGCUCUACCCAGCACAUCACUCAUUAAUCUAUAUAGUCGCAAUGCUUUUAGGCACCAGUGAACGUCAGUUAUGUCCCCUUUCAUAAGUGGUAAUAAUCUACUCACAACACACACAAAAAGAUUAUGCUGACAGAGACCAAAAAUCAUUUCUAUUAAAUACAAAGAACAGACAUAAAAUGCAAGCCUGGAAGAUUAGUUAUUUUUGUUCAUACAGAUAUUUCCAUUAUCUCCAUUUAUCUUUUCAGCUUUUUUUUGUAUUUUUUAAUAAAACACAAAUAGUCAUUGUAUUGUUGACAUCUUUGUUCAUAGAUUCACUUAUUUACAACUACACUCAUCUAAUCUCAAAAUUACAAAUGUUUCUUUGUCCAAAGUAAGACUUAGUGUGGUGGUACCAUAUAACACUGUUAAAUGAAAAGAAACAUUCUUGAGUUUAUGAAUUUCAAUUCAUAUUGCUUGCUAGUGGACAUACAAGUCACUUCCAUGUAUCAAACAUUGAAACAUUCACAUUAUAUGCUAGUAUGCAUAAAAACUUCAUAUUUUUACAUAAAUUUUCCUCCAUAUUUUUACAUAGUGCUGCUGUUUGUUAUUAAGAAAUAUCUAAAACAAUGUUGUAUGAAAAAAGAAGUGUUAUGUACUACAACAAGUAACUAUAUUGCUACUGGUUAGCAGUAUAUGUGAAAAUACAUAAUUGUUGCAACUAUUAACAGAAGAAAAACUAUGAAAAUAGAUUUAUGUUUUCAUGCAAAAUGAUCUAUGGAAAUAUGGUGCUUCAAAAGACGUGUGUUGCUAAGGCAAUGAAUGAAUGAGAUAUGUUGUGUAUGCUAAUCUGCACAUUCUUAUUCACUGGCUUUGAGAGAUUUUAAAAGUACUGCAGGCAGAUAACUAAUGUUAGUUAUUGUAAUUGAUGUGUAUUGUUUCUUCAGAUAAAACUGUAUAUUUUUUUAUUUUUCAUGUCAGAGAAAGUGAAUAUUCAUGUUGGUGUUUUAUUAUAAAGUGAAUGAUAAUGUGGUUAAAAAUUCUAACAACUACCUGAAGUUUAUUAGGCAACAACGGAGUUUGUUAGUUAAGUUCAAAAGACAAGAAUAAAGUUUAAACAGUCUACUGA